AUGUAUCCACGGUUCUCCUCAGCGGCGGAAGCAUCGCCAUCGGAAGAGUCAGGGAAAGGAGCACAGCUGCGCGACUUUCGUGCGCAGGUUCAGCAAUUUGCACAGCAAGCCGUAGCUCCACAUGCUGAGGCUAUCGAUCGCGAUAACAAUUUUCCGUCAAGCGUUAACCUUUGGCGUGAAAUGGGCACCUUCGGCUUACUCGGCAUAACCGCGCCAGUGGAGUACGGCGGUUUGGGAUUGGGUUAUUCCGAGCACUGCAUCGCGAUGGAGGAAAUCAGUCGUGCCAGCGGUGCGGUGGGUCUGAGCUACGGCGCACACUCCAAUCUGUGUGUCAACCAGAUCGUUCGCAAUGCCACACCUGCUCAAAAGGCCAAGUACCUGCCCAAACUCAUAACUGGUGAGCACAUUGGCGCCCUGGCCAUGAGCGAGCCCGGCAGCGGCAGUGAUGUGGUGUCCAUGCAGUGCCGCGCUGAGGCGAGCCAGGCGGCCGGGGGGGAGGCGUUCGUGCUCAACGGCAACAAGAUGUGGUGUACGAAUGGGCCCAAGGCCGAUGUGUUGGUGGUGUAUGCCAAGACGGACCCGGCAGCAGGCCCCCGGGGUAUCACCGCCUUCCUGAUUGAGAAGGGCAUGCGGGGAUUUCGUACGGCGCAGAAGCUGGAUAAGCUGGGCAUGCGGGGGUCUGAUACGUGCGAGCUGGUGUUUGAGAACUGCGAGGUCCCCGCCGAGAACGUGUUGGGCGGAGUGGGUCGCGGGGUGGCGGUGAUGAUGAGCGGACUGGACUACGAGAGGCUGGUGCUGGCGGCGGGGCCCUGCGGCCUCAUGGCGGCGGCGCUGGACGUGGCGUUGCCGUACUCGACACAGCGGAAGCAGUUCGGUCAGCCCAUUGGGGAGUUCCAGUUGAUUCAGGCCAAGCUGGCUGACAUGUACACACGGCUCCAGUCGGCACGGGCGUACGUGUACUCUGUGGCGGCGGGGGCGGAUGCGGGUGUGGCAGACCGCAAGGACUGUGCCUCCGUCAUUCUGUACGCGGCUGAAGCGGCCACGCAGUCAGCACUGGACGCCAUCCAGAUCUUGGGCGGCAACGGUUACAUCAACGACUACCCGACUGGACGACUGCUCCGGGAUGCCAAGCUGUACGAGAUCGGCGCCGGAACCAGCGAGAUCCGCCGCUACCUCAUCGGCAGGGAGCUUUUCAAGGAAUGUACGGAAGGCAGGUUGCAGUACAAUUGA